AUUUACAUCAACUCAACUUGAGCUUAACUGCCGAUCUGAAGUUCUUCUGCGAAAACUUUAAAAAUGACAUCAACACUUAAUACAUAAUACUACAUUAUACAUUAGAGAGACCCUUAUCGCCAUGUCUGGCUUUAAAAAAUUCUUCAAAAAGAAGAGUCCCAGUGCGAAGAACACACUGUCAACCGAAGACCUUAGUGAUGCCGCUAGCAUUGCUUCUGGUUACUCGAUCUCCAAAGACAAAGAUCUACCUAAGCUUCAUAAAGCUGUGUGGAGCGGAGAUUUGACCAAAGUGAAACAGCUGGCAAAGAAAGGAGACGUCAACCAGCUUGACAAGGAAAACAGAACUGCCCUUCACCUUGCCUGUUCUCAAGGUAAAGAAGACAUUGUAAAAUUUCUCUUGGCCAAUAAUGCUAAGACAAAUCUUUGUGAUAACUAUGGAAGGAUGGAGUGUGUUAAAAUUUUGCUGGAACAUGGAGCUCAAGCUGAUGUUAUAGAUGUUAACAAUAGCACACCACUCCAUCUUUCAGCAGCCAAUGGUGACAUUGACAUUGCAGUGCUUUUGUUAGAGAGAGAAGCAAAGGUUGAUGCCAAAGACAAGGAAGGGUUUACUCCUCUACAUGUGUCAGCAUCACUUGGAAAUCUGGAUUUUGUCAAUUUUCUGAUUAAUGAAGGAGCACAGAUUGACCAAGUUGAUGCCCAUGGCAGGACUGCAUUGAUGACAGCUGCCAGUGAGGGUCACAUGAGUAUAGUCAGGCUCUUCCUUCGACAAAAUGCAAACACAGAGCUGAAAGAUGCUCAAGGUUGGAAAGCUUCAGACCAUGCUGUUAUUCAUGGACACCACAGUAUUUCAAAUAUUAUCGAGGAGCAUGAGGAACAGCAAGAAAAAGCAAAGAAUCAAGCAAGAGCUGCUACUUCAAAUAAACCAGCAACACAAAACAAGAAAGGAGAUUUUUCAGGUUUAUUAGGAUCUGGAACAGCAACAAAUGAUGCGGAUUUCUCAUUUGGGGGACCAGUGGCUGAUGAGGGAGGUUACAAUAGUACCUCAGCAAAGGAAGAGGAUUCUGCCAGUCAUCACUCAGGGGGAGGGGGAAAUUCAUGGAGCUCGUCUGAUGACGAUGACGACAUGCUUCAAUCAACAGCAAAGUCGAGAUCAGGCAAGCCAAGUUUGUUGGCAGCACUGAGCAAGUCAUCCAAACCAGUCACCAGGACGGCGUCAGAUGUUUCCACUCAGAGCGCUAAAUCAAAUAGCCGAAUUCCUGUGAGAACAAAUGUUGUUAAAACAGAGCCUAUUCAAGAAUCAAAGCCUGUAGCACGUGACAACAAUGUAUCGUCACGCAUUCCUGUCAAGACAGACGAGAACCAGUCUCCAUCUCCAGCCAAGAAACCGCUGAUGACUGAAGCGAGUCAAAAAAGCAGCCCCACCAACUCCCAACAGAGUACACCCACCAGGAGGAAAUUGCCAACACCAGGGGGAGUAGGUCAAGUAGUGAAGGAAUCGCCUCAAUUAUCCCGAGCCACGCCGCAGAGAGUGACGGAGGAUCAAGACUCGGAGGGUGCGAUCUCUGACACAGAUGUUCUCGCUGCGCUGAGUGGUGGGAAUACAAAGCUGUCAAAACCAGAUACAUCUGCGAAGCCACCAGAGAAAGCAAAUGGCGAUCUCGACUUCAGCUUGUUAUCAAGUGACGGCGAAGAGAAUGAUGGUGAAGAUGUGUCCUUCAGCGAGCCUCCACUUGAUGACGAGGACGAUGAACUGCUGACCAGGCCAAGCUCUGGGUUUACACCCUCACCUCAACCGUUGACAUCGACGCGGAAACCAGAGGAAGAGAGUGUGGGAAUAGAUAAGAAAGAAAAUGCCACACCCAAAUUGAAUUUCGAGCUUGGCAGCCCGGUAAGCUCCGUAUCUGACCCCGACCUCAGUGGCAUUUCAGACAACGAGCCUGCGAAGAAAGGCAGCGGCAAAAAGAGUGACAAACCGGAAGAACCAGUCAAACCUGCUGGCGGAAGUCAAAGUGAAGAAGAGUCCGCUUGGGACAGCUCGGAUGAUCUUCUUCCGUCCGAUGGUCCUGAUACCACCAGAGGUAGCAGCUUGUUUGGUACGAGAAGCCCUCCGCCUACAAAGACUGUAGGUGAGACCAAACCUCAGUUAAAGGUUGCUGCUUCCCCGCGUAAGACUGAUGUAAACGACAGCGAUUCCGAAGUCACGGAAUCAGAGGGCGAGUGGGAGAAGGAGAGAGCUUUAGAAAAAGCGAAAGAAAAGGAAAAACAGGAACAGGAAGAUUUGGAAAGAGAGAAAGAAAAGCAGAGAAUGUUGCAAUGGGAGAAGGAAAGAAAAGAGAAAGAAGAAGCUCUCGCCAGAGAACUGCAAGCAGAGUUAGAAAUGGAGAUGGAGAUGGAAAGGAAGGAAAGGGAAGAGGAGGAGAGGCGAAGAAGAGAAGAAGAGGAAGAAGAGAAUGAAAGGAGGAGGAAAGAGAAAGAAGAAAAUGAGAGGAGGCGACGACAAGAAGAAGAACGCCGGAGGGAAAGGGAAGAAGAGGAAGGAAAAUUAAGAAGAGAGGAGGAGGAGGAGGCGAGAAGAUGCGAGAGGGAAAGAGAGGAGAGAGAAAAAGAAGAGAAGCUAGAACGUGAGCUGCGGAGGAAGGAAGGAGAAAGACGGCAGCUGGAGCUGCAACAAGAAGAGGAACGUCGGAAGCGAGAGGAAGAAGUACAAAGGAUUAAAGAACAGAAUGAGCGAGAUAUGCGUAUGUUUGAAUUACAAAAAGAACAGGAGCUUGAGAGGCAAAUGCGUCUUAAAGAGGAAGAGAUGGAACGGCAGAAGAGAGAGUACGAGGAGAGGUUGGAAAGGGAAAGGAUUGCGUUGGAGGAACAGCGCGCGAAAGAAGCCGAAGAUCUUCUUCACAAGCAAAGAACUGCAGACGAAGAAGCUGAAAUUCUACUUCAAGCUUAUCGACGAAAACAAGAAGAAUUGUUGGAAAAAGAGAGAUUGUUUGAAGAAGAAAUGAUUCGGCGUGAGAGGGAGCUGGAGGAGAAAAAGCGGAAGGAUGAACUGGAAAGAAUUGCUUCGCAGGAUAUGGUGACCGUCGUGCAGAAGGAUUCAACGUACUCCGCUGCUCCUUUAGGUGGCAGUUUGGAGCAGUCCAAGGAGUUGGAAGAACUAGAGGAAUGGAAGCGGAUGUACGAGAUGAAUGUAGAACAGGAGAAAACGGCUCUGGAAGACGCUGUCCGCAAGAGGAGGGAAGAAGAGCAGAAGGCCGCGGAAGCAGCAGAGAAGUUGCGUCAGAUACAGCAGGAAGAGGAUUUGAAGCGGAUCGAGGGUGCGCUGCGUCAUAGGCGGCAGGGAGAGGAGGUGAAGGAAGCAGAGAGUAAACUGAAGAGGCUGGAAGUAGAAGAACAGGCUGUCCAGGCUAAGAAAGAAAUCGAGCAGCAGCGCUUAAUGGAUCUGGAGGCCCAGAAAAAUCGCUUGGACCAGGAAACCAGCACUAAACUGGCUGAGUUCAAUAACAGGCAUCGUCGAGCGGAGCUUGAGAAAAAAUCGAGGCAGAUCCUCGAGGAACGUGACCACCUUAGCACCACGUUUGAGGCAACGCGGCAGAGGACCACAGAACUGAACCAGCCCCCUUCGGUGUCGCUUCUUUCCCCGGACAAACGGCUCAGCGUUGUAAGCUUAGGGAGUGAAGCUGACCGCGAUAAGAACACCAGCUUAUCUCGCAAUCCUGCUGGCGGUUACAGGAUGAAAGAUAAAGAUAAACCAGAUGGAGAACAGAUGAACUCGCAGAAGCCACUCACAAAUGGUUUCGCGGAUGAUGGAGACUGGUCCGAAUCAUCCGAGGAGGAUCACCAUGGCCGCUACUCUCCUUUAGUUGCCAUGACAAUGAACGGCACCAAUGCCAAGCCUCCCACGGGAAUCUCGCCACCUCGGUCUCAGUCUCCCUUGUACAAAGCGUCUACCCCGCUGAAUACAACAGGUGGUGGACUGGGCACGUCAUCCCUCAGCAGUUCCUUUGCGCUCCAAGACAGUACAAGCUUCGCGCGUCUUCAAGAAGCCCUUCGUGAUUCAAAACGACAAGUUGACAAGCAGAAAGAGAGAAUUGUAGCACUGGAGACAAGCAGGAAGCAAAUGGAGAUCGAUUUAGCUGAACUUCAAUUGAAGGUGGAGACUCUAACCAAAGAGAGAUCUGAAUCUGAGCGGCUGAAAAUGGAGGUGGAGUCAGCCUAUAGAACACUGCAGUAUAAACAUGAACAAGAGAGCGAAGCUUUGCGCGUAUCUGAAGCUCUUCAGAGUCAACUGAAGGAGCAGAUUUCAAGAUCAGAAGAAAAACUUGCUAAGGAACUGGAAAAGCGACAAAACUUGGAGGUCGAGAAGCGCCAGCAACAAACUGAGGUCAAAUCCUUACGCAACACCGUUCAACAACUUGAGUCCGAUAUUCGAGACCUGAAGAGAGCGCUGGCAGAAGAACAAGACACCCGCGCCGCGCAUGGCGAAUUACUUGAUGAAGAAAGGCGUAAAAACGACGCCUUAAUGGAAGAAACGCGACAUCAUUCCCAGCAGAAAACUGAAGCUCUUUAUCAGCUUGAAGCGGUGGACAAGACUCGAAAGAGUUACGAAGAAAGUAGCGGCUCACUGAGAGAGGAACUCAAAGCAGCACUGGUUGAGUUGGCUGAAACGAAGGCUCGUCUAGAAGCAACCAAAGCAUCUAUGGGAAAGGAAAUAUCCAUUUUGAAGGAAAAGUUAGAGAAAAAAGCGGUCAAAGUGGCCAAGCAUGAAGAAGCGCUUCUUCAAACUCGCGCCGAAUUCGAUUCACAUGUGGCUAGCGGUAGAAACGAACAUGCGCAGAUAAGCAGCAAGUUGGAAAGUGAAACGCAGACAAGAACUCGCCUGGAGUCUGAGGUUUCGUCACUGAGAUCACGCCUGGAGAAAUCGGACAAGGAACUAGAAAGAGCAAGUGUCGGAAGAGUGGAGGCAGAGAGACAAGUACAAAACCUUCGUGAUGAACUUUAUCAGGCGAAGCUUCGACUAGAGAAAGAGACUUUUUCGCUAAAAGACACAAACAAGGGUCUUGCAGUGAAGUUGGAGGCUAUGGAAAGUAAAGCAAGCAACCUUGACAUUGAGCUGCAAAAUGCUAGUCUUUUACUUACGGAGCGAGGAAGUCAACUGAACCUUGUACAGCGUGACACGGAAUACCAGAAGUCACAAUUUGAUAGGCUGCAAGAAAAGAUUCGACUAGAAAAGGAACAAAAUUCAAGACUUACUGGUAAAUUAGAAAGCAGUGAUCACAAAAUUUCCAGUCUCCAUGCUGAAUGUGACACGUUACGCCGGAGAUUGGAAGAAGCAACGGAGAAGUUACGAAAACAGGAGGAAGUUGCCAUGAGAUCAGAGGAAAAAUUUAACGGCUUGCUUGCGUCAUCGAGAGCAGAUUUUGAAAAGAGUAAACAAGUUAUGCAAGAGAAACAUGAAAAUCUCUUGGACAUGAUCAACAAACUCAAGUCAGACGUUGAGAAAGGAAAAGAAAAGAGUGCACAGCAGAAAGCUCACAUCAGGGAUCUACAACAGGAGUUAAACGAAACAUCCAAGAAACUUGUUCAAACUGAAACAACGUUGGCAAUGCAAACCAAGCUUCGCGAAGAACUGGAAGAUGAGCGUUCGCAGUUAAGAAACCAACUGAGCAAUCUUGAAAAUUUUGAUAUGCUUGUUUCAUUUCAUUACCUUUUUCUCUCGCAGUCUGUUGAAGAGGAUGGCGAACAACCGGCUCAGCUGGAAAAAAUGGUGACAAAACUGAAAGUAGAAAAGGCUCAAGUGGAAUCUUCUUUAAGAGAGGAAGAGGCAAAGUGUGGCAUGCUGUUAAGAGAAGUGAAGGAUGCUAACGAGGCGCGACAAAGCUUGGAGAAAUUGUUGUCCAAUGUAAAAGGAGACUCUGUUGAGCUUGAAAACAAAUUACAGUCUGAGACGCUCUCUCGGACCCAACAUGAGAGAGAGGCCGAAGAGCACAAGGAACUGUGGGAAUCGGAAGUAAGGUCAAGAACAAAGCUCGGAGCGAAGAUCGCAGAGAUGGAAAAACGGUUGGAUGAUGCUCGUGUAGAGAUCGAAGAGGAAAAACGUAGAACUCGUAAAGCUCUGGAAGCGAAAAAAGUCCUCGAAGCUAAGCUAGAAGCCAACGACCAAAGAACAUCUCAGCAUCAAAGAGAAGUCGUUGCUCUUAAAACGCAGCUUAAGUCGUACAAACGACGUUUCAAGGUAAGCGUCAAAUCUAGUAACAGUUCAAAUUUUAAGAAAAAAGGUUUCAAUGGUUGUGCUCCACCUUACUCUAUCUUGUUCAUUGUUUCAACAGAACUAUCAGCUGCGAAAGCCCAAGAAAAGCGUCUUCUCUUUGACCAAGAACGUCUGCAACUGACCAAUAGGCAAUUGGAGGAAGAAGUUGGAAGGUUAAAGGCGUUCUAUGAAAGUAAUUUUGUUGAGAAUGGCCAGUUGGAGACCUACAAGCAGGAGCUUGAAGCUAAGUCCCGCUUUGAGUUGAAUCGUAAAUUAGAGGAAGUCAACGCUCACUUAGAAGAACAGGCCGCUGCGCGGGAGAAACUUGAUAAACUUCGCGAAGCAAAUGAACUGAAGACCAGAAAGGAGCUGGAGAUGACUAUAACAGACCUAAAGGCUGAUGUGGCGAAAAUGCGAGCUGGAUUCCAUGAAAGCCAAACGCGGAAAGAGACUUUAGACGCUGAGGCUAAAAGAUACAAGGAUUUAUACGAGAGUGAGAUGAAGUCGAAAGAUAGGCUAGCGAGCCGCCUGUACAAAGCUAACGAGAAAAUGGCGGAAUCUCAAGCGUUACUUAAUCUGGAGAGAUCUCGUAGAAAUUUCGAUGGAUUAAAGCGCGACACGUCUCCGCACCAGUUUACCUCGGGUGGCAUCUUAAAUGGUUCACCCAGAACAAGCCCUGAUAGAAUGUACUCUAAGGGGGACGGGCAAUUAAUGAAGGCUGUGGAGGAUGAACUAAACAAAAGUAUCAAGCGUCAUUUGGAAAGUGCUCCUUUGACAUCAGACCUCGAUCUCAAGCCGAGCCUGUUAAGUGAUGGGGACAGCGGUUCAUACGGACCGCUGACCGCAUCGUCCAAACAAUACAUGUCAGUUUUACGGAAAAACUAUUUCGUGUAGGCUACACAAGGUGUGCCUACGAAUUAACUAAAUUAAACUUUUUGUGUGUGGAAAAUGGCCUUGAGGGCUGUUCGUGCUGCUAAUAACAAUUUAUGAGAUAACAGACCAGUUUUUUUGGUCCAUAUUUUACACUGCGUAAAAAAUUUCCUUAAAGAAAAGACGUUUAAAAUUUCUUUUCAGAGGAAAAUACUAAUUUAUAUAAAAAAUUCAGAACAAAAUUAAGUUUAUCGAUAUCCUUUGUAGUAUUUGUAUGUAUGCAUUAUAAAAUCAUAUUUGUAUUAUAGGGUAAUAUGACGGAUUGCUUCAUCGGCCAUCUGUAAUAUUUAUUUCUUUUUUCAUGCAGUCAACAACUUUAAUAGCUACAUUUAUUUUGUACGUGUAUCCAAGACGACGUUUUUAUACUGAAUUAAAAAAUUCUAUUUUUAGAAA